CCGCUGAGUCCGCAGCCCCGGGCAGCCGGGAAAGUGCGGGCGCAGGGCCGCCGCCGGCGCGCCCGGAGAGGCGCGGGGCGCACGCUGCGGAGAGCGCCGGCGCCCGGGGCUGGAGUCGCGCAGGAAUUCCUCAAAUUGAAACUAAUUGCAGAGUUUCUGGUUGACCAGCAUUCAUAGGUUUCUUUCUAGGUCUCUAAACUAUGACCAAGUUUGGAAAGGAUGUUUGUUAUCUGAAAGUCUGUGUACUGACAAGAUCUGAAGGAACUGAAUGAAGACAAACUCAGAGAUGGUGUGUCUAAGAAACUUCAAAAGGUGUAGACCCCCUGAUUGAAGCAUAGCUGAUUUAUUUGAUUCAUUUUUCCCAUUUUAUUUCUGUACUCGUGCAAAGGAGAGUCAUGAUUACACUAACAGAGCUAAAAUGCUUAGCAGACGCCCAGUCAUCUUAUCACAUCUUAAAGCCAUGGUGGGACGUCUUCUGGUAUUACAUCACCCUCAUCAUGCUGUUGGUGGCUGUGCUGGCCGGAGCUCUCCAGCUCACUCAGAGCAGGGUCCUGUGCUGUCUCCCAUGCAAAGUGGAAUUUGACAAUCACUGCGCUGUGCCUUGGGACCUCCUGAAAGCCAGCGUGAACACAUCCUCUAAUUCUGGGACACUGCUUCCGCUCCCCCUCCGAAUCCAGAAUGAUCUCCACCGACAACAGUACUCCUACAUCGAUGCAGUCUGUUACGAGAAACAGCUCCAUUGGUUUGCGAAGUUUUUCCCCUACCUGGUGCUCUUGCACACACUUAUCUUUGCAGCCUGCAGCAACUUUUGGCUUCACUACCCCAGCACCAGUUCCAGGCUGGAGCAUUUUGUGGCCAUCCUUCACAAGUGCUUCGAUUCUCCAUGGACCACCCGCGCCCUGUCAGAAACAGUGGCUGAACAGUCAGUGAGGCCCCUGAAAGUCUCCAAGUCCAAGACUUUGCUUUCGUCCUCAGGGUGUUCAGCUGAGGUUGACUCCACCAAGCAGUCCCUGCCUUACCCACAGUCAGGGUUGGAGUCAGCCAGCAUAGAAAGCCCAACUUCCAGUGUCCUGGACAAGAAGGAAGGUGAACAGGCAAAAGCCAUCUUUGAGAAAGUGAAAAGGUUCCGUCUGCACGUGGAGCAGAAGGACAUCAUUUACCGGGUGUAUCUGAAGCAGAUAAUAGUCAAAGUCAUUUUGUUUGUCCUUAUCAUAACUUAUGUUCCAUAUUUUUUGACCUACAUUACUCUUGAAAUUGACUGUUCAAUCGACGUGCAGGCUUUUACAGGAUAUAAGCGCUACCAGUGUGUCUACUCCUUGGCAGAAAUAUUUAAAGUCCUGGCUUCAUUUUAUGUUAUUUUGGUAAUACUAUACGGUCUCACCUCCUCCUAUAGCUUAUGGUGGAUGCUGAGGAGUUCCCUGAAGCAAUAUUCCUUUGAGGCGUUAAGAGAAAAAAGCAACUACAGUGAUAUCCCGGACGUCAAGAAUGACUUUGCCUUCAUCCUCCAUCUGGCUGACCAGUAUGAUCCACUUUAUUCCAAACGCUUCUCCAUAUUCCUGUCAGAGGUCAGUGAGAACAAACUGAAGCAGAUCAACCUUAACAACGAAUGGACGGUUGAGAAACUGAAAAGUAAACUUGUGAAAAACUCCCAGGACAAGAUAGAGCUGCAUCUCUUUAUGCUCAGUGGUCUUCCAGACAAUGUGUUCGAGUUAACAGAAAUGGAAGUGCUCAGCCUAGAGCUUAUCCCUGAGGUCAAACUGCCCUCUGCAGUCUCGCAGUUGGUCAACCUCAAGGAGCUUCAUAUAUACCAUUCAUCUCUGGUGGUAGACCAUCCUGCACUGGCCUUUUUAGAGGAGAAUUUAAAAAUCCUCCGCCUGAAAUUUACUGAAAUGGGAAAAAUCCCACGCUGGGUAUUUCACCUGAAGAAUCUCAAGGAACUUUACCUGUCAGGCUGUGUUCUCCCAGAGCAGUUGAGUACCAUGCAGCUGGAGGGCUUUCAGGACCUAAAAAACCUGAGGACCCUCUACUUGAAGAGUAGCCUGUCUCGGAUCCCCCAGGUGGUCACAGACCUCCUGCCUUCACUGCAGAAGCUGUCCCUUGACAAUGAAGGAAGCAAACUGGUUGUGCUGAACAACUUGAAAAAGAUGGUCAAUUUGAAAAGCCUAGAACUGAUCAGCUGUGACCUGGAACGCAUUCCACACUCCAUUUUUAGCCUGAACAAUUUGCAUGAGUUGGACCUAAAGGAAAAUAACCUUAAAACUGUGGAAGAGAUCAUUAGCUUUCAGCAUCUUCAGAAUCUUUCCUGCUUAAAACUGUGGCACAAUAACAUUGCUUAUAUUCCUGCCCAGAUCGGAGCAUUAUCUAACCUAGAGCAGCUCUCUUUGGAUCAUAAUAAUAUUGAGAAUCUGCCCUUGCAGCUUUUUCUAUGCACCAAACUAUAUUAUUUGGAUCUAAGCUAUAACCACCUGACCUUCAUUCCAGAAGAAAUCCAGUAUCUGAGUAAUUUGCAGUACUUUGCUGUGACCAACAACAAUAUCGAGACACUGCCAGAUGGACUGUUUCAGUGUAAGAAGCUACAGUGUUUAUUCUUGGGGAGAAAUAGCCUGACGGAUUUGUCCCCUCAUGUGGGUGAGCUGUCGAACCUCACUCAUCUGGAGCUCAUUGGUAAUUACCUGGAAAUGCUGCCUCCAGAGCUGGAAGGGUGUCAGGCCCUGAAACGGAGCUGUCUGAUCGUCGAGGAUAGUUUGCUCAAUACUCUUCCUCUCCCUGUGACAGAACGUUUGCAGACUUGCUUAGAUAAAUGUUGAUCAGAGACCUGUGCUGCAAAGGCAUUUUUAAACGUAUGCCCCAGGGCUUAAAAGAGAAAUAAACUUUCCUAAGUUAUAAAGAUGAAACAUGGGUGAUAAUUGUGAUGCAUCCUAACCAAAUAUCUUAUUAAAGCCACUCAAUAUCUUGCCCUAAGUUAAACAGGUAAAAAGUAUAAACACUGAACUGGAACUUUGUGAAUAAUUGAUCUUUAACUUAUUAAGAUGUAAGAAGUACCCAUUGAGGAUGGGUUGAGGAGUGUGAAAUUACUGAAUCUUUACUUUGCAAUUUUUCCCUUUAGGAUAGUAUAGGUUUCUUUCCUCCUCCUCCUCCCAUCUUCAUUUCUUUAUUUGCACACCUGUUUUAACUGACUUCCUGUUUUGAUAUUUAUCACCACAACUAUAAAAACUCAUCAGUAUAAAUUUCCCUGAUGUAAAUGCACCACUGUCUUUGAUUUGUGUUCCUACUGUUUUUUUUUGAGGCAGGGUAUAUUAUGCUUGGCAGAAUUCCUUUUUGGCUUAAUUGUUACUUCCUUUCGCAGCUUGCUUAAGUCUUCCUUAGUCUGGUUUCUUUCAUCAACCAUGAGGAUCCCUGAGAAAACGCCCAUCUUUGGCCUUUGCCUAGAACAGGGAGCCAGGGUACAUAGGACAUGUUACCCUCAGGGCAUCCUGAAAAUUAAUGAAUUCUUGAAAAUUUCUUCUUAUCUAUCAUCAAAGCCUUUUUUUAUUUGUUAAAAAUUUUUAUAUAAAAUAUAUAAAUAUUUUCUAUUGUAUGGUCUCGGGUUCCAUAUCUGUGAGAAUAAUUUUUGUAAGGUACAGAGAACAUAGCAUUUCUUUAAGAACUAAUGAUACUUGGUUUGGGCUGUUUAUGAUUCUCAAGUUUUUGUGCACUCUGCUCCAAAAUGUUUUUGUACUCUGCAACUAAUUACUCUUGGAUAACAAAAGCCUUGUGUUUUGUGCCCUAAAAUAUUCGGGGGGUUUCCUUGUGAGAGGAUGGCCACAUCAACUACCUUCUCUUCCCUAGUCUUUGUGUAAUUGUACGGGUACAAUUCUUAGUUAUUUACAAAAACUGUGAUAGAGGGGAGAGGGACAGAUUUGGAUUUUAAAAUUGAUUUCAAAAUACUUUGUUAGGGAUUUAGUAAAUGUUAAAGCAAAAUGUUUUUUUUUUCCUCCAUCUGCAUGAUCUCGAGAUAUGAUUAUAAAAUAAAACAUUCAGCAUCUAUUCAGUGUCUAAGAUGAGCUCUCCGAGCUCACAAAGAUCCAUUUAACUGAAAUUCAUCUCAUGUCUUUAACUCUUCUGGAAUACAUUUUGCUCCUUUUUAUAAAGAGCUUUGUGUUUGGCCUUAUAUUAUUGUGCAUCAUGUUAAAUGAAUAAAAUCAACUGACUCACUUUUGGGAAAUGUACAUUUUUAAUAUGUUUUUCUCCAAUGGGUCUAAGCAUUAUGAUGCCACCUCAUUUUGGAUACAACUCUGAAGUAAUCUGUUAACUGCAUCUAGAAAAAAACUGGAAGACAUGAUGGGUAAAGGGUACUGUAAACAUGAAAUUGUGUGCAGUAUAUGUUUUCCUUGCAUUGUUCCAGAAAGAUGAAAAUGAGUCUUUAAAAUAUUAAAGUACAGUAAAUACAGUUUCUCUCAUCUGCCGCACAUGCCUGGACUGAAUGAAGUUCAGAGAAAAGAAUUAUUCACAUUAAAUGAAAUUUUAGCUGUAAAGAAUACUGAGCACCAAAAGCUGCCUCAUACAUUAUUGCUUAUUCUGAAUGGGAAGGAACAGUGUAAAAAUAUACUUCUUACCAAAACUUGCCUUUAACCAGAACACUGAAGUUCUCAGGGAACCAGGCAUAAUGAUCAAACUUUCUUCUAGGACUUCACAGAUUCUGACUAUAUGCAAGGUUUUGUUAUUCUUAUUUCUUAAAAUGUGAGUUGAUGGUUAUUUUAGUGCUUACCAAUAGAAUUGUCAUAUGUACUGAUUUGGGCCACACAAUUAGCCAUAAUUGGUAUUUUAAAAAAUCUUAUCCUCUUUUACAGGAAGUAUUUUCAAAAUAAAAUUCAGAUUUGCUACCAUUCACUUGACAAACUAGAACUCCUGCAGGAUUAGUCAUUGAUUCCAUUCAAGUGCAAAAGCCAUUGGUUAAAUCUUCCUCCUCAUUUACAUAAAUUCAAGCAAAUUGCUCCCAGGACCAAUAAUGAAUACAUAAGCUACUUUCCACAUACUAGGGUAUAGUUACUGGUGCAAACUGUUGCUCUUGAUGCCAUAAUUUUCAAAUGUCUUUUUAUUUAAAUCUUAUACAUCAAUGUUUAAGUAGCUUUUUGAAACAACACAGUACUGACACAGUAAACAAUGACACCACUGCUUGACCUAUGAAAUAAUACGGUGUUGAUACCACCUUUACUACAUUGUUGGAGCAGAUCUUUAUUUUGCAAGCAUAGAUAUUCACUUAAGAGAAUUUUUAAAUGAAGUUUGCUAGAUUAUAAUUACGAGACUUUAGUUGGGUUUGAUUUCCAAGAGUGUAUUUUCCAAAAUCUAAGUAUAGAGAAUUAAGUUUAAAACGUUUAUUACUUGUACUAAAAAUAGCAUUGGUUCAUUUUAUUUGCAUGCACACACAGACACAGAGACACACAUAUUCCAUGAGUGCAAAUUGUAAUUUAUUGGUUUUGGAUAUAUUUAAUAUUUUUUCCAAAAUUGCAAGAGAUUGUAGAUUAAUUGAAGGAUAGCAAUUUUUUAAAAAUUCACAACUUAAGUGUUCUAUUAGUUUAUGACAUUUAAAAGAAAACCAUUAAGUGUUUUUUGAUCAUCCCUGCAAAGAUUUAGUGUUCUUUCCCCUAACCUACAUCAGGGUAUAUCUGUGUGUCACAUAGGUACUAUAUUUUUAUUUUUUGCUCUCAGUCUUAACAUUUCCCCCUUGAGUGUCAUCAUAUUUUACUGUCACUUAUUAUUUAUGUUAAAACAGGGUAAAUGAGAUCCUCAGGAUCUCAGUGCUGUGAAAGAGUCCCAAUAGGUGUGCUGCAUUGGUUUAUUUGCAUAACAUUGUUUGAUGGAGAAAUUUUUGUUUCUGUUCUUUAAGUGUUUCAUGAUUCAAAUACUACGUUUAAUUAAAAUACUGCAUAAUAUUGAUGGGUUCAUUAAAAUAAUCGAACAAUUCUGUGGAUUUGACAUUAUUUCAAUAAAAUUAUCUGUUCAUCUUUUUAUAUUCUCUUAGCAACACCCUGUUCAUAAAAGGUAUUUUAUUUGCCUUCUUCACUCACCCACCUUGUUAAAUUCGAUCAGUACUUGUAUAGUAACAGAAUAUAUUAGUUCUAAAGGAUUUUCAGUGGCACCUGAACAUGUAUUUAUUGGAAGGGGGCAAAGCCCAUGCCUAUAAUAAUACCUGGAUAGUUCUUUUUGCUUCCCUUCAGUAUUUAGAGCUAAUCUCGUAAUCCUUCAGCCCUGCCAAAAGCAUGAAAAUAAACCUGUAGGUCCACUUUGUUUUCAUUUACUGUACAUUGCUUCAGUAUCUGUGUUUAUUUCUUUCUGGAAACAAGAGAAAGACUAGUGAAAAGAGAGGACAAGGUGUUUUGUAUCCUGAUUUGUAUUCUGAAGACAUAUAUAUGAAAUAAUGGUUACAAAAUGCCCUUAAUGGUAAUUAUUUCUUAUCUUUAGCUGGAUAUGAAAUGCUGAAGCAAUGAAAAAAACCUGCAAUCCUAUUUAAUUGGUCUCUUUCUGUCUCUUGUCCAUCACUUCUGUAAUAGCAGGAGCUAUCUACUAAGUACCAUUGGUAAUGGACUACAGUUACUUUCAACAUUUUUUUACAUAAACAAUUUCAUCAACACUAAGACAUUAACACAGACUACAUAAGCCAAAGUUCUGAGUUGAGAUGGCUUACAAUUAAACUUCAUAUUUAAAUUUUGCAUUUAACAAUUAUUUCUGUUGCUGAGAAAAACAAGUAUGAAUGCUUUUUUGCAUGGUAUACAUUAUCUCUAACAGAGAUGGUGCAGUUUUAAAAAUACAAAAGGUUAUAGAAUUAGAAUGGAUGUAUUUGUGCACAUACGUUGUGUAUCAGCCUAAAUGUUAACAUUGUUCAAGACAGUUUUUUUAAAUUCCUCAAAUGUUUUGUUCUUAGUGAAAUAAUGGGCCAAUCUUGAGUAGAGACAUUUUCUUUUGUUAGCUCACAGUAAAAUCUAGCAUUUGUUAUUUUAUCUUUGUCACAUAUUUGGAUGUGUAUAUAAUUGGUUUUUGCUUCUGGUAAUGAGUUAUUAGAAAAUAUAAGAUUCUGUUCAACUUUUUUGGCCCUCAGGUUUAAAUUCCUACUGAAUCCCUUGAUUCAGUAGGUUUUGGUAAAUUUUACUGUUUCUAAAGUACUUUUGUGUAAUAAAUAUUCAAUUUUUAUAGUAAAUAAAAAAUAAAUGGCAAAUGAAAAUAAAUGCUGGAAGAAGC